AUGCCUAUCAAAGUCAAAUCCAAGAAGCUCCCUGCCCCUCGCGAGGGUAGUCCUGUCUCCAUCCGCCAUCUGGACGAAUACGAACGCGAUCUUCCCAACAUUGGCACUCACGAUAACUUCAGAGAUGUCGUCAAGAAGCUCUCACUAUACUUUGUCGAUGUCAUUGAACUGCCGAGCACGUUUGAACAGCUGAGAACCACAGCUGCGGGGGCUCCUCUACGCAUCUUGGUGGAUCACCUCGCUGCAACCUGCACCAACCCGGCAAUUGUCAAUGCUCUUCUAGCUCUCAAAUGGCAUUAUACAUCUUCGUCAGAACAUCGCACUCUGGGGGAAUCUCGAGCAGAUGCAUGUGAAAUCGUUGCUUGGCGAUUCCUGACUAGGCUUUCUGAACGCGAGGCAGUCAAUUAUUGCCUUUACGAGAUCCCCGGCGUAGACGAUGAAGAUGAAGCUCAGACUCAGCCCCAGGCGGCUGGUCAUGGUCACACGGGCGACGAAGAGGCCGGCGAGACCGCCCCUCUGCUUUCUCAUCUCCGCUCCAUUGACAAUCGCCGACGUGGACCAGGCCCUGCUGGGAGCAGCAUGAAGCGUAACCAACUUCUCAGCUCUCUCUCCCGCCUGACUAUGACCUCGGAUGAUGAGGACAGUGAGAACGAGGGUGAUCCUACUUCAUCAUUUAAGAAUCUGAAUGCUCUCGAGAUUGCUGCCAUUGCCGAUGCCAAACGCUUCCUCAGCCAGCACAUUGUCCAAAAGAUCAUCACUGCUAUUUGGAGUGGUGACAUAGUCUUUUGGGAUAGCUUGUCUGUGCACUCUACAAAGAAGGUCCGGUUCUAUAACCCUAGGACUGCGGACCCCUUUUCUCGCCUGCGCGUCCCCAAGUAUCUCAAGAGCUGGGAGGUGCUGUUCUUUUGUAUUUUCCUUGCCUUGUACUACGCUGUGCUCAUUGUGCGAGACGAGUCACGUAUUACAAUCCCUGAAGUGAUACUUUUCUUAUGGAUUGCGGCGUUCUUCUACGAUGAGCUCAGCGAGUGGCUUGAUGCAGGCUCUAUCUUUUAUGCCACCGAUAUAUGGAACCUAUUCGACAUGAUCAUGAUCGCCAUCGGGUUCGCCUUUGCAAUUCUGCGUAUUAUUGGCAUUGUUCAGAACAAACCCGAGCUGAACGACCUUGCAUUUGAUAUUCUGGCACUUGAGGCACUCUUCAUGAUUCCUCGUAUCUUCUCGAUUCUCAGUCUCAGCCCUGCCUGGGGCACGCUCAUUCCGUGCUUGAAGGAGAUGGGCAAGGACUUCUUCAAAUACAUGGUACUUGUUGUUGUCGUGUAUUGUGGUUUCCUGACCACAUUUUCGCUCGUGGGCCGUAAUGUCUUUGCAUUCAAGUCCAUGGCCUGGAUCCUGACAAAGAUAUUUUACGGCUCGGCGCCCAUCGGAUUCGAGAUAAUGAACCAGAUCGAUCCUUUCUUUGGGCCUCCUCUGAUGAUCAUCUUCAUUACACUUUCCAGCUUCCUGUUGAUGGGCUCCCUGACAGGUAUGCUGUCCAACAGCUUCUCGCGGGUUAUCACCCACGCUAAGGAGGAGUACCUGUAUGUGUACAGUGUAUACGUCUUGGAGGCGUCGACUAGUAACCGACUCACCCAUUUCUUCCCUCCUUUCAACCUGCUGGCCCUGGUACUCUUCCGACCUUGGCGUCUAUUCUUCACGGCCGAUGAGAAGUUCCGUGCUGGGCGUAUCAUGCUUCUCAAGGCGACUCAUUGGCCCAUUGUUGGCAUCAUCAAGCUGUACGAGAUGUAUCGAAAACCAGGAGCCGUAGAAGAUGAAUUUGCUGGGUUCAAGGGUCCAUCGCGCUCUUCUCGGCGCAACGGUAGACACGCAAUUGCUCAGAAGCGAUCCGAGUCCAAUGUCGGUCGCCAGACGCUUUCUCCUAGAGGACGAGCGAAUGGUAGGAGCAUCGAGGUGCGUGAGGAUGAUGUGGAUGCGCCAACAGCCAUGGAGGUGCAGCUCACCGAGCUAAACCGGAAGAUCGAUCAACUCACUGCAGCUAUAACGGCGAUGCAGGAGAAGCAAGGAAGUGGAAACGACGGUGGAAGCUCAAGUACAGGUACCACUCCCGCCUAG